AUGCCCAAGAAUAAGGGAAAGGGAGGUAAAAACAGGCGUCGUGGCAAGAACGAGAACGACAAUGAAAAGCGUGAACUCGUCUUCAAAGAGGAAGGCCAAGAAUAUGCCCAAGUCGUCAAGAUGUUGGGUAACGGACGCCUGGAAGCACAGUGCUUUGACGGUGCGCGGCGAUUAGCCCAUAUUCGUGGCAAAUUGCGCAAGAAGGUCUGGAUCAACCAGGGUGACAUCAUCCUGUUGAGUUUGCGCGACUACCAGGACGAGAAGGGCGAUGUGAUCAUGAAGUAUUCUGCCGACGAAGCCCGUUCAUUAAAAGCCUACGGCGAACUCCCCGAAAACGCAAAGAUCAACGAGACGGAUACGUAUGGCGAUCAGGGCGACGAGGGCAUUGGCUUCGAAUUCGACGAGGACCGCGAUGACAGCGACUCGGACGAGGCUGAUGGCACAGGCAAGAAAGAGAUUGAUAUCGAUGAUAUCUAG